GCGGCGUCCAAACGGCCAGCCAGUGGCCACUCACUUCGUCUGGUUCCGAGUUCCCCAACCCCAGCAACACAAAACCAAUACCAAGAAGCGAACGCGAGCUCAGGCCAGGACAUCGCAACUAUCUCAUGGCGUUCAUCUCCAUCCUACGCUCGUCUCCGGUGGCCGUCCCCGCGGCCUGUUCUCGCCGGCCGGCGCUGCGCUCCAACCACGGUGCCUACCUGCUUCGCGUCAGCUCCAGGGCCGCGCCGUCUCUGUCCGUGAGGUGCGAGCAGAGCGGCAAGCAGGGAGCCAGCGCCAGCGCUGUCGACGUGUGGGCGAGCCGCCUCGCCAUGAUGAGCUUCGCCGCCGCGGUCGUCUCUGAGGUGUCCACCGGCAAGGGCUUCGUCGAGAACUUUGGCGUGCCCACGCCGGCGCCGGCGCUGGCGAUCGUGGUGACGGCGCUCGUCGGCGGCCUGGCCGUCCUCUUCAUCACCCGGUCCGGCUCGCAACAGUGACGGGUUCGUCGUGCCCCGCUAGCAAGCGCAUGCUGGGACUUCAGAUGUUUCACUCAAUCACUCUCUUCGUGAUGUACCUUCGCACUCUGUCCAAGCUUAAUAUACGUCGGAAAUAGUUCGUGCAAAAUUAUAUACAUUUGUUUCCGUUAGUCAAGCUGGAUCGCCAACUAACCUUGUCGUUGCAGACACAACUGAUUCGCCAUGUCCGUUUGUGCUUGCGCAUUUCUCAAGAACAAACAUAUAUAUGUAAACAUUUUUGUCA